AUGAAGUUCGGCCACAUUUUCCAGGAGCACCUCCAGCAUGACGGCUUCCCCGCCCACUGGGUCGCCUCCGCCAUCUCCUAUCGCCAGCUGAAAAAAUGCAUCAAGAGGGUGCAACGAGAGCUGGCCGAUUUGGGACUUGAUCCUACGACUCUGGGGCAGCUGCUGAGGACGGCAGAGCAGGAAAGAAACGAAAGGCUUGCCGAGUACCUUCUGUCCAAUCCCAAGUCCUCGCCCGGACAUCCAGACGCACCAGUCCUCUUCCAACCCAAGCUGUUCAUUGCCGUGGAUGAUGAGACUGGCGAACCUCUAGAUGCCCACCUGUCUCCUCUCACUAGAGACUAUCUCCAGCAACUAGCUAUUGCUCAGCAACUCUCUCAUGUAAGAAUAUCGGACGCCGAUACCCCGCCUUCAACUGCGGAUCAGGAAUCAGGCGAGUCUUCACGAGGGACCCCAUCGGAUGGAACCAGCAGUCCUGAUGGACAACACCGGGAGACGCGGCCGCACCGCAUGGUUGAGCUUCCCCUGACCUCGGACUUGGAAUUUUUCAGCAUCCUUCAGAAUGAGGUGUCAGGGCUGGCCGCUUUGCAAGCCCAAGAGCAAGAAAAACUAAGCAAGGAAGUGACCGCACUUGGAACAGUUGUGACCAGAGUCACAGAGCCAAAUCGGAAAUCUGCCUCGAAAACGGACAUGGCAAAAUGGCGGAAAAUUUUCGAGCUCUACCUGGAAUCAAGGAUCUUUUUCUCAACAACCGAACUUGACCACGGCAAACAUGACUCCACGAAAGCACAGGCACUCCUUCAAAAAUUCUCCGAUGAGCUUAAACGGCAGAACGUUGCGUCAACAUUCAAGAAGAAGGAAAGCAGCGUUGCCUUGGAGCAGUUCCUGAAGUUGAACAUGGCGGUGCUUCAGAGCCUCCGGUUCCAAGAAAUCAACGACCUCGCAAUGCAGAAGAUUCUCAAGAAGUUCGACAAGCGUACGGCUCUUGGCGUCAAAUCCACCUUCCCGGCUGCCCUACAGCAGAGCAUGCCGCGCGACAUUGCAAAAGCCAUCUGCUAUCAAGUCUCCACUGAGCUACUCCCGAUAGUGCCUCAACUGGACGACUAUCUCUGUCCCGUCUGUUUCAGCAUCUCGUACCGACCCAGAACCAAGGAGGAUCACUGUCCGCUGUGCCGAGGAGAAGUCGUCAUGGAAGCAGACAGCGGCAACCUGGAUCCCGCCCUGGCCGACUACCUCGUCAAGUACUUCCCGGACGAGGUGAAACUCAAGCAAAAGGAAAAUGUCAAGGCGGCGGGUGUGGACCAGUACGGUGAAGCGUACAACGACAAAUGCGUUGUCAUGUAA